UCCUCGUCUGCUUCUCUCCUGUGUGUUGCUGAAGUAAGCAGCAUCAUUUCGUUCAGGAGCGAAGAGAUCUAUAUUGGGAGACCAAUAAUGGACAUUUUUCUUCUCAAGAAAUCAAACAGAAAUCCAUGUGUGAUGAGGCCAUGCACGCACCACAUCAUUUGACAUUCACUGAACCACCAGACACAGAAGAGUCAACCGAUGCAUGCUGCGUUACAUCCAUGCCUGCAUCUGCAGAGACCAAAUGCUAUGAUACUCAAUCUAAUCAUGUCCUAAAACAAGCAAUCAAGGAGUAAUAGAAUAAUAUCUGUUACUGCUGAAGCCUAAUAAGAGAUUAUCUGUUUUGUACUAAUAUUCCCGGAUCAGGCAUCACAGUGGAGCACACAGCCAAAAAACGGGGCGUCAUGAAGGACAAAGACUUCGUUGGCACUAUGGAAAGAGGAAGACCUGCCACAUACACUGGAGACAAGAAGGCCAAAAUGGCAGCCAAAACCAACCAGAAAUGGGUGAGAUUGGCCACAGUUUUUGCUUAUGUGCUGUCAGUCUCCUUAGCUGCUAUAUUAUUAGCUGUCUACUACAGUCUGAUAUGGAAGCCUGUACGGACAAGGGGGGAGCCGGCUCAUAGCAGCCCCAGCCCUGGCAACUAUUUAUCUACUUUUUCUAGCAAUUCUACUCAUUCAAUGAAUGACACAAUUGCCAAUGACACUGCGAGUAAAAAUGCAAGGGCUAGUCUGGAUCCCUCCAAACAGUCAGUUUUUGCUGAUGCAGAGAACCAGGCAAGGGAUACAGACAGUGUGGAACAUACAACGACCCAGCUGCCUGCAUCUUAUAUACCUUCUGCUACACAGCACAAGGUAAUUACAGAAUCCUCAUCUAACACACUGGCUAUUGAGGAGGCUACUACAUACAGCAACAAAGAAGCUGGGACUUUGUCAACAAGCAUCAAUUCAGAUGCAGGGGUAGAGGCCUUAACACCAGGCAUGGAAGACUCUGUGUCAGGAAGCAUCAUUUCGACACAUACCUUUCACACAAGUCAUACCCCUGCAACAACAGAUUCUUCACAAUCCUUACAAGAGCCACCUAUUCCAACAACCAAAGACAUUGCAGGAAUUCCAGAUUUUCAAGCAUUUACUUCAACACAAGACAAUGCAGAUGCUGAGGACCACUCGGAUGCCUCUAAUUUAAAUGAGGGAGCGAGUGGAAGUACAGCAUCAUUAAAGCAUCAGACUAGUGAAGCUGAAAGAAGCCAUGAGCCUGGGGGCUACACAGAUAGUAUUCCACAUACAUCUGCCGCAGGAAGCCUAUAGGAGUCAGUAAUAAUGACUCUUCAGGGACGAUACAAAGCCGCCUUCUUAUGUAAUGGAAGACCUGGAGGAUCUUUGCAUUUUUAAUGCUAUUACCACUUCUUUGACUCAAUAUCCUUUCCCUUAUGGCCAAGUAUCUUCUGUAAACCUAUAGAUAUAUUUUAGCCUAGUGAUAAGGCAGAAGUAUUUUCAUAGAUUACAUGUUUAUGUCUAUUUGGUUUUUAGAGCAGUGAAGUAUUUUAACUCCGUGGCUGCAAUUCUACAUUCAAACAAAAAUUAUUCAGAGAAAUAUGAACUUUACACACCUUAAGAAUCUACAGAAAAUGUCUAUUUUUUUGUUAAAGGUAAAGCAAACUUGCUUUUAUCAGGAAAGGAGCUUUCAUAGACGGCUAGUUUAAAUAUUUAUGUGACCCUGUAAGUCACCAAGUGUGAUGCUCAGGUAUGUGAAUAGAACGCAUGUAGAUAGCAUCCUGCAUUAAACACCAGUUACUUUGUUAGAAAUCAGGUUGAUGCACACCUAUAAAUAAAGGACAUUGUUUUAAGGGCUAUUGAUGAGACACUUAUGACAUGACUAGUAAUUAAAUUUUUUAUUUAAAAUAA